GAUUGGAAGGAGGGAGCGAGGUAAAUUCGCGGUCAAACGAGGAUCAAGUUAAACUUUUAUUUUGAGGGACAGUUUAGUAGAUGCGUAUGRAGUACAGUGCUUGAGAUAACAAGGGAAGAUGUAGAGUUUGUGGCCAAUUCACGAAAACAGAUUUAACGCCGACGACAGACGCUCUGAAAUUUUAUACGAGGCGCGGGAACGACAAGAACGUGUGGGUCAUAGGCCGUUGAGGCCGCUUGUCAAACUCGACCAUCCAUCUAAAUAUUGAAUGAAAUUGAGAAAAUACUAAAGWGUUUCGAGGUGAAAUGGCGGCUGUAAGUGCUCCAGAUAUUCAGCAAGGAGAUAAACUAAGAUCUAUCCAAAAGAGGCUUAAAAUUUUGAAGCAAGAAAUCUCCGAACGUAGCAAAAAGAAUUAUGAGUUAGAGAAAGAUGUUCGAUUCUUUGACCAGAGAAUAGCUCUUCUGAUAAACCAUCGGAUUGCAUUUGAGGAAUUAUCUGAUCGGUUAGGUGAUGGAGAUCGCAGAGUCGGUGUAAUAAAGGAUGAAUUAAAACGGCAGCGAUAUGGAAACCUCUUCUACCUACUGCAGACUGAACCAUACUAUCUGGCUCAGCUUACAAGAAUUGUCUCCCUCAAUGAGAUCGAUUCAUUGCUGCAACCUGUGAUGUUUUCUUUAUAUGGUAACCAGUAUGAAGCAAGGGAAGAGUAUUUGUUACUAUCAAUGUUCGAGUUGGCUCUUAAGUAUGAAUUUGAUGAGUGUGAAAAUUUUAACAGUCUGCUAAGAGCAAAUACUGCUAUUUCAAGAAUGAUGACAACUUAUACAAGGAGAGGACCUGGUCAGGAAUACUUAAAGUUGACACUUGAGGAACCUUUACAUGAGCUCUUAUCUCAACCAGACUUGAUUCUGGAAAUCAACCCUAUAAAGGUUUAUAUAGAAAUAUAUGGGCAUCCUCAAGAUGAGAGUAAUCAGCUUACAAUAGAAAAGGCUAUGGAUGAUCCCGAAGUACAAUUGAAGACUAGAAUUCGUAUUAAAAAACUUGUUGAUGUUGCAUCCCUCUUUCUUGGAAUCAUUGUUAGUUCACUGGAUAAAGUACCAUAUGGAAUAAGGUGGCUGUGUGGGGCAAUAAAGACUCUCGCUAUGGAAAAAUACCCUGAUGUAUCAGUGGAGCAAGUCAGUUCUAUGGUUGGUGGAUUUUUUUUAUUACGUUUUCUGAAUCCAGCRAUUGUAACUCCUUCAGCUCAUAUGUUGACUAGUAAACAGCCCUCUCAAACUAUGAGAAGAAACUUAACUUUGAUUGCYAAGAUCCUUCAGAGUAUGGCCAAUAAAAAUAUUGUUACAAGUCACUUCAAGGAGGAAUACAUGCAACCCCUGCAACCAUUUGCUUUGGAACAUGUUGACUUGAUGCAGUCUUUCUUGAGAGAUCUKUGUUCUGUGCAAGAUUUCCAUGAAAGUUUAGAAAUGGAACACUACCUGUCRUUAUCAAAGAAUAUCAGCAUUUCUAUAACUUUAAAUGAGAUGAAUAAAAUCCAUGAAUUGUUACUUCAAUACAAGGAUGACCUGGCAUUAACAGAAGAUGAUCCAUUGUUUGUACUGCUUGAUGAGUUAGGCCAGGCAGAGCUUCAAAUGUCAUGUUUAGAAGACCUUACUGUUCAUUUACCUUUAAGUAAUCGAUGGGGACCUAAAAAGCAAGUCAUCAGAACAGAUUCAUUAGAAUCAACAAUUAGCAAAAAGAUUGAAAGUGAAGCUGUUAAGGAACAGUGUCGCAAUACUGAACCAACACUUUACAGUGCAGUCCAGAGAGCACAGAAAGACAAGAAUACAGAGUGGGGUGGAAUAGCUGAUUAUUUAAUGCAUAUAUUCCAGUCUGUUGAUGAGUUUCAUAAUGUUUUGUAUCAUGACGAUAGUUUUUAUCAAGAAAUAAGACAGGAAGUUCAAUUAAAGCUGAUGAAAUGUGAAAAAUUUGAAAUGGAACUUCAAAGUUUACAAAGGGUGUAUGAGGCUCUUGAUAAUCAUGGAAACUUCCUUCAAGAACAACUCAAUGCUUACAAAGAAUAUCUAGUCGUUGUUAGAUCCAGGGCAGCAUCAGUAUCAAAAGUACAGAAGAGAAGUAGUUUUGGUUUGUCAUCUUCACAAAGUGGUCCUAAAGUUCUCAAGUUUACUUACACCCAACUAGAGAGAGAAGGCGUUAUUAUAGAAACUAACGAUAUACCUGAGAAAAAAAAAUCCGAUAUUUCCGUCACUGUUUCAUCGCCAGAGCCAGGAGUGUACACCAUAACUUUAUAUUACAAAGGUGAAACUAGUAACGCAUACGAAACUGAUCUAAACUUGGAAGAACUUCUUGAAAAACAACACUUAAGCGAACCGAUCUCCUCAAGUUCUGGAUUGAAUUUACCAAAACCGAAAGUUAAUUUCAAAUUGGCGCGAGAAAUUUCACAUAAAUGUAAUUAACUUUCAGGGUAAUAAACUCAGUGUAAAUUUUU